AUGAAAGCCCUCGUUUUACAAAAAGGUGUUAAAAAUGAAGAGUCUAUAUAUCAUGAUGUGAUUCUUAGAGAAGUUCCUGUCCCCACUUUGAAUCCUAAUAAUGAUGAAGUUUUAAUAAAAUUACAGGCGGUAUCUUUUAAUCAUCGUGAGGUUUGGAUAAGAAAAGGAUUAUAUCCAGGGAUACAAUUUAAUUCGAUACUCGGAAGUGAUGGUGUUGGAAUAGUACAAGCAACGUCACGUAAUGAAUUUUCUCAUCUUGUUGGUCAAAAAGUUGUUAUUAAUCCAGGAUUUGGUUGGGAAAAGGAUCCAAAAGGUCCCGAAAGUAAAUAUGCGAUACUUGGAUUGUUACCAUUACCUGGAACUUUUGCUGAAUACGUCAUUAUUCCUCGUGCUGAAAUAUUUCCUGUUCCUAAACAUCUAUCCUCAGCGGAAGCUGCUGCUCUCCCAUUGGCUGGGGAAAACGUAUUGAUCACGGGAAUUGGGGGUGGCGUUGCUUUAACGGUGUUGAACUUUGUUUCAAAGAUCGGUGCAAAUGCGUAUGUCACAUCUUCAGAUGAGUCCAAGAUUAAAAAAGCUAUUGAACAAUUAGGCGCGAAAGGAGGUGUCAACUACAGAGAAGAUGAAUGGCCAAAGAUGUUAAAAAAUCUUUUGCCUAAUGAUCGUCCAUUCUUGGAUUCCGUGAUUGACGGUGCAGGAGGUGAAAUUGCCUCCCAAACUGUGAAAAUUUUACGUCCAGGAGGUAUUAUAAGUUGUUAUGGCAUGACAUCGGUUCCAGCUAUAAAAUUUCCAAUGAGUGCAGUGCUCAAAAACAUUGAACUUAAAGGCUCCACUAUGGGCAGCAGGGAAGAAUUUGAGAAAAUGUUAAAUUUUGUUAAGGAAAAAAAGAUUAAGCCUAUGAUUAGUGGAGUUUGGCAAGGUUUCGAAAAUACUCCAGAAAUUUUUGAAAUCAUGAAGUAA